AUGUCAGAACAAGAACAAGAACCGCUGACCAUCCAGCCCGCACAAGCGGCGCUCUUAACCCCGUACCUCCCACCGCCACCGCCGGCUUCUUCACCUUCCCACUCAACAAAUCCCAAAAAGAUCCAUGUGACCCUGACCUACGCACAGUCUCUGGACUCGUCCCUGGCGCUCGCGCCGGGGCUGCGCACCGUGCUCUCGGGCGCGCAGUCCAAGGCCAUGACGCACUUUCUCCGAUCGCGCCACGCGGCCAUCCUGGUGGGCGCGGGCACCGCCGUCGCCGACGACCCCGGGCUCAACUCACGUCUGUCCUCGGGCUCGGGCGCAGGAUCGCAGCCACGGCCGGUGGUUCUCGACCCGCGCGCCAGGUGGGCGGUGCACGAGGGGAGCAAGGUAAUCCGUCACGCGCGAGACGGCAAGGGGCUCGCGCCCUUCGUUCUGGUUGAUCAGGACAGGUUUGGGAUGGAGUUGGGUGAUGCCAGCGGUGUCGACGAGGGGAGGAGGAGGGUUCUGGAGAGUGUCGGGGGGAGGUAUAUACCCCUUAAGGCCAGAGGCCCAAACGGGAGGUUUGAGUGGGUGGAUGUGCUGGCUGUGCUGGAGAGGGAGGGUCUGGGGAGUGUCAUGAUUGAAGGGGGCGGGGAAGUGAUCAACUCGUUACUGGCGCCGCCAGGGAACGGGUUGGUCGAUUCGGUGAUUGUGACCAUCGCCCCGACGUGGCUCGGCCGGGGUGGGGUAGUGGUGUCGCCGCCUAGGAUGCGCGGGGAGGAAGGGGCCCACGCCACGCCGGUGCGCUUGACCGAUGUCAGUUGCUGUCCGUUUGGGGAGGACGUGGUUCUGUGCGGGAGGAUCCUGAGGUGA